GGUACCCGCCCAUUUCCCCAUAUGUUAGGGUUCUCUUUCUCAAUCUCCUCUCACGGCUUCUCAUUCUCACUCUCACGUAGCAGCGAAGGCAACAAUCUCCAUAGGUUUUGCAAAGGCAACGAUCUAGCGGCGGUGAUCUCCGUCGGCGUUACCACGGUGGUUCUCCAGCGUGAGUUUUUGGCACUCUUUUGCAAUUGGCGAAACCUGUCGAAGAGACUUACGCAUCAAUCAGCAGAAAAUACGGGAAUGCAAAUUUCUCGAAAUCUCAAGGUUUGGAAAAUGGGCACUGUCAACUACUUGGAGGCACUCAAGCUUCAAGACAAGCUGGUCUCAGACAGAAAAACCCGUAAGAUUUUUGAUACGAUUUUGUCCCUACAACAUCCACCUACAUAUACGCUUGGCAAACGGAGAACCGAUCACAAUUUACUAGUCCCUGAACCUGACCUAAAAAACAUAGGAGCCGAACUUCAUUACACACAGAGGGGCGGAGACAUUACAUUCCACGGUCCACAUCAAGCUAUCUUAUAUCCCAUUAUAUCUCUUCGGGAUAUAGGACUUGGUGCACGGAAAUAUGUGGAGAAACUCGAGUUAACUAUGAUUGAAUUUUCAUCAUUAUAUGGUGUGAAAGCUCAUGCUCAUGCUGGACAAACGGGCGAAACGGGUGUGUGGGUAGGUGACAGAAAGAUUGGCGCAAUCGGAGUUCGAAUUUCGUCUGGGAUUACCUCUCAUGGCUUGGCAUUUAACAUUGAUCCGGAUUUAAGCUACUUCAAGCAUAUUGUGCCUUGUGGGAUUGCGGACAAGGAUGUUACAUCUUUGAGAAGAGAGACAGAUAAGAUCCAAACAAGUUGAGAGGAGCAAUGAAGGAGCCUCAAGGCUCUGUCUCUGUGGAGACUAGUCUGCGGACAGCACCGCCGAGCAAAUCAAAUCCUAAGCAAAACAAAUAGUCUUUUGUUGAAAUUUGUCUAGUGAUCUAAAACAGAAAGAGAAAUCUUUUUCUGUAUCCACAUUUUUGCACUUUCUCUAUUGAUUUUUAUUUUCAGUUUGAUAGGAAAUGGCGACUUGGCUAGUUGCCUCUUUUUAGCUGAAGUCUCAUGCACACUGUCAUCUCUUUUUUUUUUGAAUGAUUUUUAGUUUGAUAGGAAGUAGACUUUGAUCUAUACAGUUUUUGCUGCAAUUUUUUUGGGGAACCCUCUGCUUCACAUGAAGACUAGUGGUUCUAUUUGUUCAUUUUAUUUUAUUUAUUUUGAAGUUGAUAUAGUCUGUGAUAAUUUAGGAGAGAGAAGAUGGAGAAGUGUAUGUAGGGCAGGGCAUUGUGUAAGAAAAUAGUGCAAAUUACACUAAAGUCCCCAUAGUUUGAGAUUUGUAU